AUAACUCCCAGUGCAGGCUGCUCAUAGUUACUUCCUCUUUCAUUCUUUUGAAAGGCCUGCAAGGACACAUUUUCAUUGUGAUCUAAAGCACAUGCUUUACAAAGGAAUAGGAUUGUGAUUUAAUCGGUUGUUUUGGAAUUAAACACUUUAACGAUCUUGAAAGAGAAGAUAUCGUGAUGGACAAGUUGGGCUUGCACAUUGCUUGUUUGUUGAUGGCUUACAUGACAAUUUUGCCUUCUGUUGCAGCUUUAGAUGUAGAAUGCAGUUUGAGUCUCAGUGGAGUGUCCUGUAGAGAGAACAACACCACUCAAAAGAUAUUAAUUGGAGUUGGAGUGGCCCUAUCAAUACUGGUGGUUGUUGGUGUCUUAACAUGUUGCUGUUGUGGCUGUUGCGCAUGUUGCAAAUCAGAGCCAACGCGUCCAACUGUUGUAACCACUGUAGCUUGUUCACAACAAAUGGCAGCUUAUCCACAAGCCCAAGGAUAUCAGCCUUUGCCUCUUCAAUGCCAUCCUGGACAGUUAGCAGUUCCCAGAGCUCCGUAUUCUAAUAAUUAUCCAAUGGCAUAUCCCAAUUUUGGACAACCACCAACGUACCAAGAAGCAGCUUCAUUGAGUCAACCUCAAUAUCAUCCUGCAGUUCAGCCUUUUCACACUCCAGCCCCAAUCCCUGGGGAUAAUCCAAGUUUUGUGGAUCCGAUGAAGCCAUACAAUUGAAAGCCUGACCAGCUCUGCCUUCAAAAUGCCAAUGCCUGCUUUCAUUCUUCUCCCUAUUUUUUUCAAAAUUUGACAGAAAACCACUUCAGUACUUUGAACACACAAAUGCUCUACUACAUCUUGGCCUUGAAAGCUAAACAAGGAGAAAGUUACUUUAGAACAUUGAUUUGCAAUGAGCGGUUGUUCCUUUAUUCCCAUUAGAAAUGGGUAUUCAGUUUUUCAGAGCUAGCCCCAAGCAUGAUGGACCAAAUCAUCUCCAUUAGUGCUGUACCAUCUACAUGCAUCGGAAUUAUGAGCUGAAGUAAGCCACAAGGCUCCUCAAACUUACUCUACUAUUUAAUAAGAUCUGAAUAUUCUAUAUUCCUGCCUAGUCCUGAUAACCCUUUGCAUCAUCACACAGACAUAGGGAGAGGGUACAAACCUCACACAGACAGUUGCCCAAGGCUAGAAUCAAACCCAGGUCCCUGGUGAUGGGAGGUAGGAAUACUUGCCACUGAGCCACUGUGUCUACUCUCUUACGUGCAAUUCUAAUUUGAAAUAUGGAUUUAUACCAGAAAAUAAGAGAGUUACAAUGAUCCUUAUGCAGUUUUCUGGCAGAUAUAGUUGGUAACAGUAAGCUGCAUAGUAGCAGUACUAGAUCAUGCCUCACUUGCUUUGGGACAGUAGUAUGUGGGUGAGUGCCCUUUGCUUAACUAUGUAUUUCUGCCUUAAAAAGAUUCAUAUAAAAAUAUUCUGCUUCCACCUCCUUUUGAGGAAAGUAACUUGGCCAAGUGUGAGAAAAAGGUUUUCCUUAUCUCUGUUUUCUUUGGAUGACCCCUUCUUUUUGCACAGUGAAGUCUCGGUUCUAUUCUUCCACAAGAGGAAAUAUUCCUUUUGCAUACACCUUCUGAAGACCCCUCAGGAUCUUAUUUGCUUCAAUCAAUGUCACCUCUUACAAUUUUAAAAUUCCAGCCGAUCUAAACCUAGUCUGUCCAAACUUUCCUGGAUUUCCAAUUCAAGCACAGUAGCUACCUAAUAGACCAGCCUGCUAAUUUGGGUAGAGGUCAGGUCCAAAGCGAAGCACAAUCAUUUUGUAUUCAGUUACAACGCUGUCCCUGAGCCAUUGAAUCACGCAAUCAAGUCAAAGAGACCCUGUCAGUGAUAAUGGGAACUGCAGAUGCUGGAGAAUCCAAGAUAACAAAGUGUGAAGCUGGAUGAACACAGCAGGCCAAGCAGCAUCUUAGCUUUUGUGCUACAAAGAGACCCUGUUAUCCUACUUUGUUGACAUAAACCCUGCCACUAUGCACAAUUCUACAUUCCUCAGAAAGAUCCUUCUAAAACAACAUAGAAAAUAGGAGCUGGAGUAGGCCAUUCAGCCCUUUGAGCCUACACUACUGUUCAAUAAAAUAAUGGCUGGUUCUCCAACUCAGUACCAGGUUCCUCUUUUGUCCCUUUAUCCUUUUAGCCCUAAGAACUGUAUCAAAUUCCUUCUUCAAAAUAGAAAAUGUUUUGAUCUCAAUGCCUUUCUGUGGCAAUGGAUUCUAUAGGCUCACCACCCUCUGGGUGAAGAAAUUUCUCCUUUUGUCAGUCCUAAGUAGCAUACUCUAUUAUUAAACUGUGACCCCUGGUUCUGGGCUUCCUGGUCACCGGGAGCAUCCUUCUUAUGUUUACCUGUUAGAAUUUCAUAGGUUUUUUUGACUUUAUUCUUUUAAACUCCUGUAAAUAUAGUCCUAAGCAAUCCAAUCUCUCUUCAUCUGCCAGUCCUACCAUCCCAGGAUGAGAUGACAUCUUUGCUGUCUGUAUGUUCAGAAGUGGGGAAUCAGAAUUAGCUGCCUACAUCUUCGUAAAUGGUGUCUGCUUCAGCUUAACUCCACCCUAUGCUCUUCCUCCUCCUCCCUUGUCCCAGUGAUAUAAAUUAAGAGGUCCAUGAAGAAUGUUAUACGAAAUCCUAGAAGUCCUACAAGGUGUGGGAGGGGUGAAAUUCCAAACAUGACUGAGUGCUCACCAUAGAGAAGAUUAGUGUGAACAAAGUAGAGGAUUUUCUAAUCAGAAAUCAAAACCAGCAGCCCAUCUAAAAUAAGGAAAUAAAUAACUAAAGGGCCAAUUGAUCCCAAUAUUUCCCAGACCACGCCAUAAAACAGUUGAUGAGACUAGACUAGUGUAAGUGGGCAAUCUGUUUUCUUUUAAGCAUUUCAUAUGGCAGGAAGGAAGGGUGUACAAUCUUUGUAGGGCAUCCUUCACCCAUAGGGGACAUGCCAUGACAAGUUAAGGAGUUGAUACAAUGGUAAUGUCGCUGGACUAACAAACCAGAACCCCAGCCAAUGUUCUGGGGACAUGUGUUUGAAUGUCCACUUUAUCAGGUAGUGAAAUUUGAGAUCAAUUAAAAAGCUGACUCUGUGGUGACCAAUGGGAAAUCUGCUGUCUUUACCUGGUCAGGCCUACAUGUCACUCCAGAUCCACAACAAUGUGGUUAACUCUUAGGGUACGCUUUGGGGAAUUAAAGAUGGACAACAAGCCAGUGAUACACAUGAAAAAUAAAAAUAAACAAAAAUCUCUUGCCCAUUCCUAAACAAAUCCUCCCACCAAUGCCCACUAUUCCCCUCGGUUGGGUUUGCAUUGGGAGCUACCUGCCUACAGUUUUAGCAGUGAUCACUAUUGAGCUCUGAUGCUGACCAGUUGGAUUGGUUGGCAGCUUGAGAGCUUGGGACUUGCAGCCUCUGAGGGAUGGAGCUCUGACUCUCUGGAUGCCAGGGGAGCUUCUGUUGGCUGACCACAGGUCUUUCCUGACACUGUGUAGAGGUGAAGAAGAGAUAAUCAGGCCACCGCCCCAUCCUUAUCCUCCUGUCCUACAGCCCUGCGACAUCUACGCUCCCUCAAACUUUAUCAGUUUGUGGCUCCCCCUGACUAGAAUUACUGUGUCAUACUUUCAGCUGUCCAGUCUUAAAUUCUGGAAUUCCAUUUCAAAAUCACUCAACCCUCACUCAUGCUUCAAAGUCUUCCUUUUCCACCAACCUAUCCAAACAUCUUCUAGUGCAGGUCUGUGCCAAGUGUUGGCUCCUAAGCCUACUGCAAAGCACAUGAGGGUAUUUCACCACAUCUAACAUGUUGUAUACAAUAUAUUGUUAUUGUUUAACUCUUCAAAAGCUUCAAUGCAGCAAAUCUCCUCACUGUGACUUGAUCUGAUGGCCCUGGUAGUUGAAAAUUAUGUCCCAUUAGUGAAAAAAUACUGAAAGCUUGUAGUUGUAUUGUCCAUUUCUCUGGUGUAUAAAAACCUCGCCCAUUGGACAUGAUGGACUAAUCAAGGGAUCACUUGGAAACUUAUGGAUGAGAGGUACCUUAAUAGCCAAAAAUAGAUUAAAAUCACUUCCAUCUGCAAUUCUUGCCAUCACAUAGUCAGAAAAUUUCCCCACUCAGAGUGUUUAAUAUGAUACAUUUCCUGUGAGUUUACUGUUUCUGAAGGUUUUCGCUUCAAUUGAAUGUUAUUGCAGUCAAUUCCUGGCUUAAAUUUUGACAUCUCUAAAACUAUGGGUGCAAAUGUAAAAGUUCAGGUGCAGCUAGAAAAUUAUGCUGUUUUUAUUUAGGAUGGUGGGUGAUGUGCCACUCUUGUUUUCUUUAGACUGCUUCAGGCAAUGGAUUUACUCAAUAGCUACAAGUUUAAAGAGUGUUUUUCAUCAACUUUGACGUGCACUUAAAAUCUGUGCUUUUUAUAGCAACUAAGUCAUUUUACUUUUCAUUAGGUUUGCUGUUUGUGAUCUUUUGUAAUACUUUAGGAGAUGCUUGGUUUUGAAUGAAUAUAAUGUAAGUAAUCGAUACGUUCCUAAGUUGCAAUUCAUGAUCUUAAAAACUGUGCAAAAGUUUGCAAGCAUACAAUAAAUUCAAUUUAUU